CACCAUAGAGAGAGGAGGAGGAGAAAAACCAAAAACCAAACCUAGAUGAUUGAAAUUUGAAAGGUGGCUUCUUUUGUUCAGUCAAUAAUCCAAUCAACUAACUACACACUCACUUCCUCCUCUCCUGCUCCUGUUCUUCUGCUGUGAAAAUGGCAGAGUUGGCGCAGCAAACCAGUACUAGUACAGAUGUGUACACAACUGGAACACCUAGCAGUGGUGGUAGUAAUAAAAACAACACAAUAUGGAGAGGUUUGUUAAAUUGGUUGAGUUUUUUCUUCCAAGUAUUCAUUCAAUUGCUCAAAGGGACACCAUCUUUUACAACUAAGUUUCUCUCGUUUACUCAUUUCCGCCAUAGAUUUCUUCUUUCUUCUUCUCCUUCUUUGGAUUCUUCUCCUUCUUUCUCUCCUUUGCCUGUUGUUGAUGAAGUUGAACUCGACCAUCUUGAGUCACCACCUUCUCAUCUCAAUACCCCCACCACCAAUAACAAUAACAAAGAUGAUGAGGGCAUUGAAAAGCUCACGGUAGUUCUUGAUUUAGAUGAGACGUUGGUGUCUGCGUAUGAGACAUCGAGUUUGCCUGCUUCGAUUAUUAACCAAGCGAAAGAAGCUGGAUUGAUGUGUUUUGAACUGGAAUGUGUAUCUGUGGAAAAGGAUUAUGAUGGAAAACCGAAGGUGAAUCAUGUGACGGUGUUUGAGCGUCCGAAUCUGAAAGAAUUCUUGAAGCAGAUAAGUGCAUUUGCAGAUCUUAUACUCUUCACUGCUGGACUUGAAGGGUAUGCGAAACCGCUUGUUGAUAUAAUUGACACCGGAAAUCUAUUUAAGCUUCGACUUUACCGGCCUUCGACAUGUAGCACGGAGUAUAGGGAGCACGUUAAAGAUCUAUCUUGCCUUUCAAAAGACCUCAGUCGAACAGUUAUUGUAGAUAACAACCCUUUCAGUUUCUUGUUACAACCACUCAACGGAAUUCCAUGUGUUCCGUUUGUUGCAGGACAGCCUAGGGAUGAUCAGCUUUUGGAGGUACUUCUUCCUCUUUUAAAGCACCUCUCUCUGCAAAAGGAUGUACGACCCGUACUGUAUGAAAGAUUUCACAUGCCUGAAUGGUUCGAAAAACAUGGAAUCCCAGCAUGCAAUUGGACAUACAAUUCUGUUUCUUAAGGUUCCUGAACAUCUCCAUCAUUUUGUACACACGUAUAAUCCAAUUAAUGAUGCCACUCAUUGUAUAUUAUCAGUUCCUUGUGUAUUUCCCAGUUCGUUCAGUAGGGCAAGUUGCAUCAACUCAUAGGGAAAAAUUGCCGAACUUUAGCUAUGUGAUGGUUCAUAAUAUUGUUAUGCGAUUUGUUUAUAUCAUAUGCUUGAAGUUGUCUUCGUUGUCCUAGGAGUAUUGAGCUGUCUAAGCUGUUCCUGCUGUCUCGAUAGCUGCCUGUAAUAGCAGUUGUACAUGUGGAUUAAACUGUAACAAAUUUAUACAGCAAAUUAACAUUCUUGAAUUAAGUUUUGUUUCUAUAA